UUAAGUAAGCGGAGCGAUCAUUUCUGCCUGUCCCCUGAAGUGGACCAAACCGGCAUCACUUCCGGAGCCUUCAAGAGGCUUUCCUCAGCCAGUUGUUGUGUCCUCUAAAGUCGGUCGAGUCCAAUUUUGGCAAGCGUCAGUCGUUAGUGUUUGUGGCACGCCUGAAGUAUAGCAGAAGACACGGGGGACCCGAUAUCUCUGCCGGCUACGUCAGUUCGCCAACACCGACAAUCUCUGCAGAUCGGCCUGCCAAGAAGCGGAACAUUAAAGGGACAACAGUUACAAAGCAGCUAAGAUGUGGUUGUCUCCCCGCCGCUGGCCCGGAGUGUGCGCCGUGUUGCUGACACUUCUGCCCGUCCUGCACGUGUACGGACAGACGGCAGACGUGUGCCCAACAACGUGCGUCUGUCAGGCAGAGGGAGUCGUCAGUUGCGUCGGACGGCAACUUGAGGGUGUACCGACCAACAUUCCUCCGGACACUCGGACCUUGGACUUAGGAAACACCGGGAUCAGCAGGAUACCGGGACUGGCCUUCAGCCAAGUACCCGGCCUCGAAGUGUUGAGAAUGGAAGAUAACAAGCUGGAAUCUGACACUGUCGCCAUGUUCGGGUUUGUUGGUAUCCAGAAGUUACAAGGACUUUUUCUGUCAGGGAAUCGGCUGACGCAUAGCUUCUUACUCAGGCAAUCCUACUACAUUCCCCGGAGUCUAAGAAAUCUCGAUCUCUCGCGUAACCCUUUGUUAGAUGUGCGAGAGCGAACCUUUUACUUUUUGCAGAAUCUUGAACGGUUAUACCUGAGUCACUGCGAGCUCAACUUCCUCCGUAGUGAAGCCUUCGUUGGCCUUUUUAGCCUCCAUGAUCUUCAUCUCGAGGAUAAUCUGUUCACGCAGGUGCCAAGCGCGGCCUUCAAGAACGUCCCAAACCUGCGCCGGUUGUUCCUGAAUGGUAACCCGGUGCACUCUAUUUCGGCCACCGACUUUACAGAACUGCCCAAACUUCAGCUACUUGACAUGAGGAUGGCAAACGUUUCCAGGAUAGAUGAAGCUACAUUCAACAAGACUCCUCUCCUUCAAACCCUUCUCUUGUCUGGAAACACAAACCUCUUCUCUGUGGACAAAAACAUUUUUGCCAACUUGACGGAGCUGACGCAUCUGGAGCUCGCUGACUGCGCUUUCCAGUCGGCCGGUACUUACAUCUUAACAUCUCUGAAGUCUCUCACCACGCUGACCAUUCACGGGAACCCGUUCGCGUGCGGACCGAGCAUGUGCGGAUUCCGGACCUGGCUGGACACCACCGACGUCAACGUCCUGCAGAAGUACGGCAUCAGGUGCGCCAGUCCCGGCUACCUGCAGAACGUGCCCGUGCUGAACGCCAGCAUAGCCUAUCUCUGUAAGGGGGAACGUCUGAGUCAAUACUACACCAGUUUAGCGCAGGCUGCGAUAGAGAAGUGUCCGUACAACUGUUUCUGUAACACGACGAUGGUUCAGUGCCCCGAGGCUAACCUAGGGAAAAUGCCUACGUCAUUUCCGCCUCAGAUCAACAAGCUGGUAAUGAGGGGCAACGCCCUCACGACACUGAAGAUACAGGCAUUAGAAAGGGUCAGAUACGUGACGUGGUUAGACUUAAGUGCCAACAACUUAACGUCAAACAGUUUUGAUGAAGGUCGUCUGGCGAUGUUGCCAUUCUUAAAACACUUAAAUCUGUCAAGAAAUAUGCUGUCCAGCUACACACUGGCGGAACAGAUGCCACCGAGUACAAAACUAGAGGAGUUGGACAUGUCCAAUAACCCCUUGGGAAACAUUCGUGCAGGGAAUUUUCGGCUCUUAGGGUUAUUACGAAAACUGCACUUGAACAGUGUAGGAAUGACGGAAUUAACAAGCUUCUCAUUCAUGGGGCUCUUCAGUGUACAAGAACUUCACCUUGCCAACAACAAUCUUAAUGCGUUGCCGAUAAAGGGAUUUCGUUUCGUCGGAAUGGUGAAGAAGUUAGUGCUCCGAGGGAACCCGAUCACGCAGCUGACCGACGGAUCUUUUCUCGGGAUGCCUCAACUGACAUACCUGGACAUGAGAAAUUCGCGACUCCUUAACGUUCAACACAACACCUUCAAGUACACCCCAUACCUUACGGAGUUGCUCCUAGGCGGUAACAAGAAUCUGUCUUACAUCAGUUCGAUGACUUUUUCCACAAUGCCGAACGUCCAGGUCAUCGAUCUGAGCGGCUGUAGCUUCAGAAGUCUGCCGAACGACACACUCCCGCGGCUGCCGAGACUCCGGGCAGCGAGCCUGCACAACAACCCCUGGCACUGCGAUGGAGGGCUGUGUUGGCUGAAGAAAAUGGCGCUGCACCGCGCGGUCUACAUUCCCCAUCUUCAUCAGUUGACGUGUGUGACGCCGCGCUAUGUCGCUGGGGACACCAUCCGGGAUGUGGAGAAUCAGUUCAUCUGUCCCAGGGAGUCCCAGGUGCCUGUGGUCAUCACCAACCUCAUCGAGGACUCCAUCUUUAUUCCUCAAAUCUCUCAGGUCAGUGACGAAAAUGUCUGCCCCGAGCAAUGUCAGUGUUACAAAAUUGAGAAGCGCGUGGAUUGUAGUCAUGCCAACCUCAGAUCCGUGCCUUCACCAGUACCUCCAGACACUGUGCAUCUCAACCUGGCCAACAACUACAUCAAGAAUAUUUCCGACACGGAUUUUGCAAACUUGGAAAACCUACAGAGACUUGACCUUCAGAAUAACCUGAUAUCUAAUCAAGGCAUUUCUAAAGGAGCAUUAAAGGGUUUGGACAAUGUACGGAUCCUUCAUUUGUCAGAUAACAAACUGUCCGAAAUCCCGCUCCAGUUGAGUCGGCUAGCUUACAGUUUACGGAUGUUGGACCUCUCAGGUAACACCAUCCAAGCGCUUGAACCAGGAACUUUCAAAAGUUUCCGAACACUUCGCGACCUGGUUCUAUCAGACGUCGGUCUGAACACCAUUAAACGUAACGCGUUUGAUGGGCUGAAGAAACUGCUGAGACUUUCGCUUGCCUAUAACAACUUGACAACUAUUCCGGAGGAACUGGGAAGACUACCAAAUCUCGCUGAGCUCUAUGUUCGCGGCAACUCGAUACGGACUUUACAGCAAACUUCUCUGAGAGGACUUACCGGCCUUGAGUUCCUCGACUUGAGUGAUCUUGGCCUUAGAGUGCUGGAGCCGGGGGCCUUCGAAAACUUGGCAGUCUUGGAUACCCUGGUUCUCUCAGACAAUAGUGGGAUAUACAAUCUAGACACCGACGUGUUCAGGGGCUUACAAAGUCUGCGGACGUUACGGAUGACUGACUGUGGUUUAAGAACGGUUGAUCGCAGAUUACUGUCGGACAUGCCGGCUCUGACGUCUGUUGUUCUUCAUGGGAACCCGUUAGAAUGCAGUGCUGAUUUGUGCUCACUGAUAAGAUGGCUUCAUGACAAAGAGAUCACCAUAGAAAAUCAUGGGGAGGUACGAUGCACACAGUGGUCCCAGACAAGUACGGCGGUUUAUGUUAUUGAAGACGCCGGCUUUCAGUCAUUUUGUGAAAAUGCUUGCGGCGAAUGUACGGGAAUGUCCACACCCAUGCCUACAACAAGAUCUGAGAGCACCUACGCCACGGCGACACUACUGCCGAGUACGGGGAGUUCCGAUGAAGUCUCUGACGUUACCACCCCUUCUCGUGUGAUGUGGCUCCCAACCACCAGGACACCACAGGUUUCCUCAGGAACAGCAACUCCAACAAGGGUUAGCAAGGACGCACGGACUACAGACUACCCAACAACAGUACACAUGGAGACUACGCCUGUUCCUAAACCUCCACUCGGAGCUACUACAGAGCACAGAGACAAAAACACAAAAAAACUACCACUGCAUCCAAAUAUCGAUAAAAUCGGCAGUAGCGUAGAGAAAUAUCAUCUACCCUCGGCGAAAGAGAAGAAUAGUUCUGAUAAACCGCAAAAAAGUGCUUCUUGUAAAAACUGUGUCCCACUGACUACAGUGAGCGCAAGGAUCCCGUUUUUAGCGACAGGAAGAGGAGUGGAUAAAGGCCGCGAGUCUGAGAACAAACCGUUGACGGAGAAAGUGUUUCUGGCUUCGGUGAGUGGCAACAUUGAGCCCUCUCCUCCUCGCCCCAUCGAGCCUGCUGAAAUGGUCAAUAACUCUAACAACAGACCAUUCUUCUCUAACGAAGGGUUCGCUGUGGAGGGUGACAAAAUGGUUCGUCAAAGAUCAGACAGUUCGAAGAAUCCUAUAGUCCACACAACCGCACCAACCAGGCCUGCAACUCACCCAUCCAGAGGAACCCAGGGGAAAUACGGAGAUGUUCCCGACAGCUACGCGAAGAGCGGACAGCCCAUCGUUACACCAGCAGUUGGUCCAGGAAGCAAGGGAAAGUCUCCCGACCGUACGAUGAGUUCACAGGAGGAAAGUUCCGGGGUGAUCCCAGCAAAUCAUUCGUCCUCGAAGGCGUCAAACAAAGUGAUUAUAAACGCCUCGAGUGAAGGCGGCCAAAAAGUUCCCCAAGUCGUAACGCCUGACGAAAGAACCAAAAAAAAGCAAAUUUUGUUCAGCGAUGUUGAAGGUAACCUAUACAAUAACCGAGAUAACAGUAACAUUGGUUCUCAACAGCAUAAAACCCCUCCGAGAGACAGUUCCAAACCACCCAUCAUUACACAAAGGACAUCCACAGUCGCUCAGGCGAUACCCAGUAUACCCACCACCACUCGGAAAGAGGGGAAGUCAUUUCUUCACUUGCCCACAUCAGCCCACAUUGUUACGGCGCCAUUUUCUCCCAUAGUGUCCUCCAGUUGUCCAGCCGGCUGUGGAUGUUAUGAGGAGAUGGUGCGCUGUAGCGGUGUAACCAAAGUCCCGAGACUUUCUCAUCCACGACUGGAAGUUUACUUACUCAGCAACAAUCGCAUCAGUCGAAUUCCGCAGAACGUUUUCUCGUGGGUGUCAUCCAUGCGUAGAUUGUAUCUCGAUAACUGUGAUCUGGUGGAUGAUGGUAUUACCGAAGAGUCAUUUUCUAGCCUGUCACAUUUGAAGUACCUCCACCUGUCUCAAAACAGACUUAGGAGCGUGCCGACAACUUUACCGACAAGUCUAGAGUACCUUUACUUGGACGGUAACGAAAUCAGCGCCGUAGGGGAAAACACAUUCGUGGGAUUACCAAAUUUACGAAGUCUGUAUUUACAGGGAAACAACUUGACAAGUGAAAGUCUUCACCCAGCAGCUUUCACGUCACUCGCCAACCUAACAUCACUUUAUCUGAGCGGAAACAAAAUGGGCAAACUAGAUGUCAUCUUCCCACCCAGUUUGGAGGUCUUACGUUUGGGAAAUAACAGUCUGAGUACGAUCUCACCCGAGACUUUCCUCUACCUGCCUCACUUACAGAAACUCGUCCUGUCAGACAACACACUGGAAACCGUUCCCCGCGGACUCUUCAGUGGACUGCUCAGUCUGCAGUACCUCCAUCUGGAUAAUAAUAAGCUAGUCACGGUGCCCGCUGAUCUUCCAAAAGGUCUCAUCCACUUGAAUGUGGCCGACAACGCCAUUUCUGCCAUCCCCGCUUCCAUAUUCUUCCGUCUCCAGAUGCUGGUUGCACUGAACCUUUCCAACAAUAAUCUGUAUGACGACCGAAUCGAGGAUCUGGAUUUCGGGUAUUUUAAGCAUUUACAACAGCUCCAACUUUCCGGAAACCACCUGACGUCAGUUCCCAGAAAUCUGCCCAAGUCUCUUCGGUAUCUUGACCUCCAGGCGAAUCUCCUCUCAGAGAAAACCGCCAAUGUAGAGAACCUCAAAGGCAGCGUGGGCCUGAAGUACUUGAGUCUGGCGGAGAAUUACUUCAGGGAAGUCCCAAUGCCUCUCCCACCUUCACUGGAAUCACUACAUCUUAACAACAAUCUUAUCAUCAAAAUUUCUCCAAAGGUGUUUUCUCAAACCCCGCGCUUGAAGACGCUAAACCUAAGCCGGAACAUGCUUGGAGACGGUGGAGUGGUUCGGGACAGUUUCUUUGGAACCACAAAUCUGGCUUACUUGGACUUGUCUGGCAACCACCUCAACAAUAGUCUGCGGUUCCUGCCUACCAGAGUCCAGUAUCUCAUAUUAUAGACUUCGAAAUCUGUGGAAACGUGUUAAAAGUGUUAACUACCAGAGACCAGUAUCUCAUAUUAUAGACUUUGAAAUCUGUGGAAACGUGUUAAAAGUGUUAACUACCAUAGUCCAGUAUCUUAUUUUAUAGACUUCUGAAAUAUGUUGAAACGACCAGGAUUAACUUGGACUAAGCUAAAAAGGCUUAGCUGGAAGACAUGUAACGUGACAGUUUUAUUUCACAUGAUUUUGUCGUUAGAAUCGUUUUUAAAAGCAUGCUGUACAUGUGUACAGUAUGAAAAAAAAGAAGAAUACAAACAGGAUAUUAUACAGUUCCACCUACAAAUAUUACGGUUGUUACUUUAAUAUCCACAAAAUUGUUCAACUCAGAAUGUUAGGGAUUUCCUAUUACGUCUACACCGUGUCACUUGUGCUUUGUAGAGUGACGAGCUAGCAAGGUUCAUUGUACUAGCGGAUUCCUCAACACAAAUGCUGAAUGUGUUUGACAACAAAAGCUGCGAAACGAGGCACGAAGCUGCUCGGGUAAGACGAGAACCAAGAGAAGAACGAGGAUUCGAAGACGCCACAUAAUAAUGAAAAUAAGAAAAACACAUCCCUUCAGAUCGUGUCAUGAGACAUUUAAGUGGAAAAAGUCUGGAGGAACAUUCAACUUAAGAAACUGUACUGACUACUUUGAUAACCACAUUUAAGAUUAGAUGAAGAAUCUUCAAUCUAUUUCAGUGACCUCCAAUAUUUAACAUUUCUGUGAAUAGAUGUUAUUAUACAUUAUCAUAUAGCCAGAUAGCGUCGACCAAUCAGAUGGCUCCGUUUUCCUCAUAACCCAGGUUAUGUAAAAAUACCAUAUACCCGCUUUUCCAAGAAACUCAUCCGUCCAAGAUUGUGGACCGUCACAUUACAUGAUGGUAAGAAUUUUUUCAAUUCUAUUCUGAGGACGUUUCUAAUAGUGAUAUGAACAAAACUGUAUGAGCAUGAUGAUUUAAGACGCUAGUAAUAAUAAAUAUUACAAUCCAAAUCAA